GGAGGUCAAAACUUGCUCAGUAACUGGCUCAACUUGAGAUUGCUUUGGCCCCUUGAUAAAAGACAAUUUUUACCAAUGGGAGAGAAUGAGACACGUUUACCUAAUACAGCCUUGCAAGGUGUCUGGUCGUCUGCGGCAUCCUCCAGCUUACCAGGGCUACCUGGCCCAGGACGGGUCUCCGGCUUCAACACUACAGGUAAAAAGAUGGCUUAUCACAAAGUAAAUGCAGACCAGAGACCACAGGGGCCCUCUCAGUACCUUGACAGUGAUGACCUUCAGGCUACUGCCCUGGAGCUGGAAUGGGACAUGGAGAAAGAACUGGAGGAGCCUGGUUUUGACCAUUUCCGACUGGAUGGCACAGCCCAGCACCAUUUGGGAAUCUCACAGAAUACUGAUCUUGACCUUGAGCCCAUUCAGCCCUCAGCAUCUCCUAAAGGAAGAUUUCAGCGACUUCAGGAAGACCCAGACUAUGUCUCACAUUAUACAAGACCGGCACCAAAGAGCAACCGCUGCAAUUCUUGUCAGAUACUUAAACUUUUCUGCACUGUUUCGACUUUAUUUAUUUUUGGAAUUGUGGUAGGGUAUUAUGCACACACAAAAUGCCCUCCUUCCCCUGCAACUGCAGAACCAAAUGAUCCUCAUCCCUAUGGUGAAAUCCUCAAGGAUAUCAAAGCUGAAAAUAUUCAACAGAUUUUCAGAGAUUUGACACAGUUGCCUAGAAAAGAAGAUACAGACAUUGCAAUGCAACUUCUGGUUCACUGGACUUCUCGUGGCCUCGAAGAUGUUCAGCUAGUAAAUUACUCUGUCUUGCUUGAUGUACCGGGCUCUUCUUCAAAUACAGUGACUCUGAAAAAAAGUGGUGAAUGCUUUUAUCCUAGCGGAGUGCAGUGUAACACAGACACCAAAAACCCUCGCAGCCAAGACCUCCUGUAUUCAUAUGCUGCUUAUUCUGCCAAAGGAACUCUUGAGGCAGAACUCGUCGAUGUGCAGUAUGGGACUGUUGAAGAUUUGGUCCAGAUCCGUGUCAUUACAAAUGUGACUAAUAAAAUUGCACUUUUGAAGCUCGGACAAUCACCGUUGCUCUAUAAGCUCUCUCUGUUAGAAGAGGCAGGCUUUGGUGGUGUUCUUCUCUACAUUGAUCCUUGUGAUUUACCAAAGACUCAAAAUCUUAGCGAUAAAGCAUUUAUGGUUUCCCUGAAUAAUGGAGGAGACCCAUCAACGCCUGGCUAUCCCAGUAUCGAUGGAAGUUACAGACAGAAGCGAUCAAACCAGACAAGACUGUUAGUACAACCAGUUUCUGCAGUGCUAGUCAAAAAGCUUACUUCUUUACCUGAGGAGCAUGGCAACAACGAUAGGUGUGUCCCUCUUCAACUGACUACAACAGAAAAGACUGUAAUCACUCUGAACGUUCAGACAGUCACAACAUACAAGACCAUUUCUAAUGUUAUUGGGUAUUUAAAGGGAUCUGCACUUCCUGACAGAUAUGUCAUAGUUGGUAGCCACCACAAUAGUUUAUACAGUUACAGUGGACAUGGAUGGGCCCAAAGUACUGCCAUCAUCACAGCCUUUAUACAAGCCUUGAUGAUAAAGGUUAAGAAAGGGUGGAGGCCUGACCGGACCAUUAUUUUCUGCUCAUGGGGAGGAACGUCAUUUGGCAACAUUGGCUCAUAUGAAUGGGCAGAGGAGCUCAAGAAUGUUCUCCAGAGAAACGUUGUUGCUUAUGUUAGUCUCCAUAACCCAGUGAGAGGCAACUCAACUUUGUACCCUGUGGCAUCACCAUCUCUUCAGGAGCUGGCAGCAGAGAGCCAGAGCUUCAACUGUCUGGGAAAGGCAAAAUGCCCAGCAUCCAAUGUGAGUUCUGUGCAGAUGCAGGGUGAUUCUGAUUAUUUUAUCAACCAUCUUGGGAUCCCUACUGUGCAGUUUUCAUAUGAGGACAUCAAGACAUUGGAGGGUCCAGGCUUUCUCUCUGAAGCUCUUUUUCCAGCACAUACACCAGUAACUGAAGAGAUGGAUCCUUCCUUCAGCCUUCAUGAGAUCAUUGCUAAGCUAACGGGAGAGGUGACUUUGCAAAUUGCCAGUGAACCAGUUCUGCCCUUUAAUGCCCUGGACAUUGCAUUAGAAGUUCAGAACAGCCUUAAAGGUGACCAGUUAGAUACUCAUCAGUUAUUGGCAAUGGCUUCAAGUCUGAGGGACAGUGCAGAAUUGUUCCAGUCAGAUGAGAUGCGUCCAGCUAAUGAUCCCAAGGAGAGAGUGCCCAUCCGAGUCAGAAUGCUUAAUGAUGUGUUGCAGAGCCUGGAGAAAAACUUCUUAGUUCAGCAAGCGCCUCCAGGAUUUUACAGAAACAUCCUUUAUAGGCUGGAUGAAAGGACGAGCCAAUUUUCAGUACUGCUAGAGGCACUGGCACACUGCAAGCUGCAUCAGUCAAAUGAGACCCUUCAAGCAGCCUUGUCAAAGGUGUUGAACAGCAUCAAUUCAGCUCAGGUUUACUUCAAAGCAGGACUUGAUGUGUUUGAGACUGCUUUAGCUGGAAAGAAAUGAGAAGUCUUCACCGUCUAAGAAGUUUGUUUACAAUUUGCUACGCAAAAGUUCGACUCGGACCAGAAUUUCUGAGGGUGAAACUUUUUCAACCGCUUUUUUCCAAUUGGUGUUUAAAAGUACUACAACGUAUGUUUUUAUGAAUAUAAAACAGUCUUUUGCACUGUUCAAAAAUCUAUCCCGAACGUCUUUGUGAAUGCAUAAAACAUAGUUGGGGGGGGGGGGGGACGCUUAAGAAUUGACUUUUAGAAGUAAAUCUGCUGUAUUUUUUAUAUAUAGAAUAUAUAUUUUUAUGACCAAGGGCUCAGACCUGCAAAAUGCCAAGCACCUCCUGCCAAGCGCAAAGGUCCUGCUUUUUCCAGAGACGUGGAGCCCCAACCGUUUUUAAUCCACGUGAGUUCUAAACAUCUGAUACCUCAGAAAAAUUGUAACCCAAAGGUGUUCAACUCUAUUGACUCCCCAUGCAGUUCUCCAGGGUCCUCAUUGGUUAGCUUCCUCAACAAACUCCUCACUCCUUGUCUUCCCCCACUGUCUGGGGAGAGCAGGUCAAAGGAUUUGGGUUCUUGCCAUUUCUUUCAAGGCCUACAGUGCUGAGCAGCGGGUGCUCAAGACAUCUUGCAGGGCAGAGCUCAACAUCCUGAGACAAUCCUUACUCCUGUGGACAAGGCACAUAGUAGGAAUGUUGUUUGAGUUUUGGAAAUGUUAGUAACCUUUGAUCACUCUGUUUCUGCACCAGAAAGAGAGACUUGACUAAGAGUUCAAUUUAAUUUCAAUGAGAACUGGCUGCAUUAUUUCACUUCGAAGAACUGAGAUCAUUUAGAUCAGUCCAUGCAGUUACUUGGAAACAUUUUGAAUGUUUGUAAGUUUGUGAAACAAAGUGCCUACUCUCACAGAGCUAGAUGUAGCACUACACUGGUUAUGGCCCACCUAUUUAAAGGCACACAUUAACUUUGUGGCCCUGUUAUAUUGCCAGAAUGGGAAAGGCAUCGCAGGGUAAAUGAGAAGCAGAAUCAUCAACAUCUAAAAGGUCUAGAGAAAUCCUUGAGCUAGAAGGUUCAAUAAUCCAACAGCAGGACCCAGAUUGUGGGCAUCCGAACUGUAACUCCAGUAUUACUAGCCAUGCAAAAAAAGCCUCCCUACCAAAGCACUUCAAAGAGUCAUCAGGGACUUUCUUGAUUAAACAUAUCUCUCAGCUAAACCCUAAAGAUAUUUUUCAAUGAAAAAAAGUUGUUUGUGGGUGACAGUUGUUCUGUUACCAUUGCGUGGCAUGGAGCAAUCUACGUUAGGAUGGGGCACAGUUUUUACUUCCCUGUGAUGGUGGGGUGAAUGAACAUUCACAUGAGUCAACUGAUUUGGCAUAUGUGUAAAAGGGUCAAAGUUUUUCAGGUUUAGGGCUCUAAAUCCAUAGAUGAUGAAUUCAAGUAAUGAACGUGGUAGCAGGCUGGAAUGCUAUUUUAAUAGUGGUUUGUGUUGGGAAUUAGAGCUGAAAGUUAAAAAUGAGCAGGUUCCACCAAAGUGUGGAACGUCAUGAAAAUG